AUGGACUAUCAGAGCCAAAGAAGGGGUAGUCGAUCAGGAGCCAAGCGAAAAGUUUUCAAGGACAAGCGUUGUAUUAAUGAUGCUGUAGCUGAAAAUACUAAUGAUGGUUGGUGGUCAUUUUUUAAAGGUUUUAUGAUUAAAGUCCGAAUGCGUCUUAUACUGAGGCAGUGCAGAAAUGCUUUAGGGGCAAAGCAGAGCUGCACUAACCUAUCCUUCAAAAAGGACCGGAAAGACUAUCACAAAGAUGCGAAGUUGAAGUCGUGGAGGAUGAUCAUAAGAAAUUUACCGUUCAAGACAACACGCGAAGAAAUCCAGAAUGUCUGCUCACGUUUUGGAUUAUUCACUGACGUCGUACUGCCACCGUCGAAGAAAAUGGCAGGUCGAAUUGCUGGCUUCGCUUUUGUACAGUUCAAAACCCGAGAAUCCGCUGAAAAAGCUCGUGAAUACUUCAAUGCGAACAAAUUCAAGGUAAGUCAUGUUUUAGACUUUAAGUUAAAUGCUCAGAACAUAGACCAUACAGCAUUCGCGCUAAAUUUUCUCAUUUUAUCUGUGAAGUUGGAAAAGAACGAGGAGAACGGAGCGAGAAAUCUCGAACCAAUAUUACUAGUCAAGCAAUUAUGUUUUAGAAAUCUUUCUUUCGAAACAACUGAUGAAAAACUAAAAAUUGAAAUGGCGAAGUUUGGGGAUGUAAAGCUUGCUGUUUGCUGCAAAUUCCGGGAUAGUGGACAUCCGAAAGGUACAGCAUUUGUUCAUUUCUCGACGGCAGAGGAAGCUAAAGCAUGUCUAAGAGCUAUGUGUGACGGCUUCAUAAUAGAUGGUCGUGAGGUCAAAGGACUACUCGCUAUUCAGCGAGAAAAUGCUGAGAAAAUACAGAAACAGAAAACUGUUAAGGUGCCAGAGGAUAAGAGAAAUCUACGUCUUUUGAGAUUCUCGUUGAUUCGUGAAGGAACGUCUACUGCAAAAGGGAUGAGUGCAGAGGAUGCUGCGAAACGGCAAAGAUUGGCAGAAUUAUCUAGAAAGAAGCUGCAGAGCCUCCAUAUGUUUGUAUCGCCUACUCGUUUGAUGAUUCACAACCUUCCAAUGUCAAUGACAGAUGAAGAAUUGAGAAAGUUGUGUCGUACGGCGGUGGGUAAACUAGCAACCAUAACAGAAUGUCGUAUUUGGAAGGAUCCUUCGAGACUGGAUGGUAAUCCUCGGUCUAAAGGAUUCGCAUUUGUCAAUUUUACUGAGCACAAAGAUGCGUUGGAGUGUUUGUUGAAGCUGAACAAUAACCCACAAACAUUCUCCAAUCAACGUCGUCCUAUUGUUGAGUUUUCUGUUGAAAACCUGUUAGCAGUCAGAGCUAAGGCACGUCGAGCCGCACAAAGUAAAGGAGAGAAGUUAACAGGGCACGAACUUAGUGAAAAAGUGAAACAACAGGUUAAACAAUCAAUAGGAGAGAUUCAUGGAUCAGGAAUGAAAGCGAUGCCGAAAUUCCUUGGCAAGAAAAUUCGUCAUAAGCAUAUGAGUAAGACGCAGCUCAAGAAAAAGGAUGAGGGAGUGAAAAAGUCGAAAACAGCACAUAAAAAGAACGUUACCAAGUAUCUUGCCUUAUCAGUGUGA